AAAGGACAGGAAAAGUUAGCUUUUCCCAAAUGAAAUAUUUUCCAUUUCAUCAAGCACCACAUGAUGAUCGAGCAAUUUUUGGCGCACACGGCGCGCCAGUACGGCCGCGCGCGAUGACUGCAUGGCCCGGUGCGCAGCCGCAGUCGCACUGGUAGCCUGCGCCGCGGCGCAGCCGCUGCGACGGCGCUUCGCCACGCCGCCGGUGCUCUGGACGGUGCCCGGCUCGGGCUCCACGAUGACGCGGCUCUUCCUUGACGCCGCGCUCGGCGGGCAGAGUGGCAGCGUCUACCACGACAAGUCCCUCAUGGCCGUGCUGCCUGGCGAGGCGCGCUGCGCCGCGAACCAGACGACCAUCAAGGCUCACCCGAAGGGCUUCGCCUUCACGCGCCUCUUCCGCAACGGCUCGCUGCCGUGCCCUUGGCCGCGCUUCGGGGCGGCCCUGGUGGUCGUGCGCCGGCCCCUCGACGCCAUCUGGGCCGAGUACCAGCGCAAGACCGUAGCCAGGCUCUACGGGCGCGGCGAACGGCACGUCGGCCGCGUGCGGGAGAAGGACUGGGUGUCAAAAAAUCUCCAGGCGGACUUCGACGCCUUCGCCGUGCGCAUGGCGCGCGACACGGCCCGCUGGCACGCGCGCGACUACGCGCGCCUUUGCGAAUUGCCGCACGUCGUCGUCUGCUUCGAGGACCUCGUCGACUGGCGCGGCGGCGGCGCCUCGCGCGCGGCCGCCGCCUACGACACCCUCGCGGCCUUCGUCGCCGCGGACGGCGAGGCCGUCGCCGACGGCGUGUCGCGCGCGCGCGCCACGGACGCCGCGCGCGCCGCGCGCCGGCCUCCCGUCCGCGCGGGCGAGGUCGCGAACCCCUGGACCAACGCCACGCGCGCCGCGGCGCUCGCAGCCCUCGGGCGCCCGGCACUCGUCGACCGCUGCGCCGUGGCCCACGCGCCCGGUGGCUGGACGGCGCUCGCGCCGAGCUGCGCGGGCCUGCAGAAGCGAUAAUUAGUCUGCCUCGUCUCAGGUGGGAACUGCGAGCCAGUCGACGUAGUGCCUCUGGAGUCUCCGACUCGGAGUCGGCAAGGCCGCUCGGGAGACAUAGCACGUGACAUAGCCACUGUGCACAGCGGUCGACUACUAGUAGCACUCGACGCGUCGAUCGAGGCGAAUCUGGGAAUUGUCUCGUACAUCUAGAAGGUGAUUAGUCAUAUACGAGAUAAUGUUCACCCUAGUUUUGUGCGGGGU